AUGCGCUUCAAGCAUGCUCGGUUUCUACGCUUUGGUGACUGGCAAAGAAAGAAGGAGGGUGGAAAGUCGGUGGUUGAUUGUACCAUGUGUACCUACACAGGCCUUGUGCCCACCGGUCGCACCGCUAUUAGCGAGAACGGCCUACUCCUAGAAGUGUUAGAGAAGACACUUUGA